AGCCACCUGCCCCUGAGUCAAUGGGGUGAGGGGGGCCCUUUCCCUUCCCCCUGCCACACUCACACACGUGCACACUAAACGCUUAUUUGCAUGCUCCGUUGCGGUUGCCCGGGCCAUCGGGUCCGGAGGCCGCCGCAGAGCACCUCCCCACACCCGCCGAGGAGCUGCGGCCCGGCAGAAGCCCCUCGCCGCCUCUCCUCCGUCCGGCCACGAUGACCCCCUGCAGCCUGACUCUCCUGUUCGGAGGAGCCCUGCUGGCCGCCUCCCAGCCCCAGGUGAUCCAGCAGGACGCGGUGCUGGUAUUCCCGGGACAGACGGCCAAGCUGUUCUGCGCUCUGAGCCCCGGCUUCAGCAUCCAGGACUACGGCGUUUCCUGGUACCAACAGCGGGCGGGCCGCUCCCCACGCUACCUGCUCUACUACCACUCCCAGGGGUUCAGCCACCGGCCGCGAGACGUCCCCAACCGCUUCUCCGCCUCCAAGGACGCCGACAGGAACGCCUGCAUCCUGACCAUCCGCGAGGUCCAGCCCGAGGACGACGCCCACUACUUCUGCUCGGUGGGCUACUCCGUCUUCUACCAGUAGGCCCGUGCCCACCCGGGAGGGGAUUCUCGCGGCCGGACGGUGGAGCGGGAGGGGAGGUCGGGCCCGGCCCGGGUAGCGGACGUCGGGGGGCUCUGACCCGUCCCGGUCUUCCUGCCGGCCCGUUGCCCCCUGGGGGAGCCGGGGCCGGAGAAGGAGGAAGCAGCCCCCUCGGGUUCUUGUCCUCCGGGCAGCUGUCCGGGCCUCGGCUUCUCCCCACUUCCUUCCUCCCGAGUCUUGCUGGCUGGUCCGGUCGGGCCUGGAACUCCGUGUUGCUGCUUCCCCCGCUUUCUCCGCUUAAGGGAGAGAAGGCCCAGAUAGAGAGAGCCCUUCGACGCUGACCCUGACCCCGAUGCUCUCCUCACCCAACACCAACCCUAACCCUAACUCCCUCCCCCUCAGCUCCGUGUCUCACACUUUCCCUAACCCUGACCCUCACUAUGACGCUUUCCCUUACCUUAAUGCUGACCCUAAUCCUGACCCUCCCUCCUCCUCCUAACUCUCUCACAUUUACCCUGACCCUAAUGUUGUGCUGACCCUAACCCUGACCCCCCUCAUCUCCUCUUAACUCUAACUCUCACGCCCUGACCCUAACCCUCGCUCUGACCCUUAUGCUCACCAUACUGCUGACCCUUAAUGCUGAUCUUAACCCUGAUCCCCUUCUCCUCCCCUUAAUGCCGUCUCACCCUACCCCUCACCUUAACCUUGCCCCGCACCCCGACGCUCCACCUAAGGCUGAGCCUAACCCUGCCCUUCCCCGUCUCACUAUGGCUUACCCCGCCGCUUGAUCACCUACCCCCUGCUGCCCAUUCGGACUUCCCGGUGGCAGAUGGAGGGCGUCGGACCCUUCUUUGUUUUAUAUUUUUUUAAUGGUAUUUGUUAAGCGCUUACUAUGUUUCGAGUACUGUUCUGCUCUCCGUUGGAUCUUUCCGCAAUUCCUUGGGCUUUUUCCCUGGAAUGUAUUUAAACUUGAACCCAGCUACAUCAGAGAGAGCACGACUGCUGAGGUCACUGAAUAAAUGACAAUUAAACAACUGGA